AUGUUCAACGAACCUCUUGAAGGUGUCAACGGUAUUUUAGAAAGACCUCGGCAAAGUGAAUCUCCAUAUUCGGAGAAGCAUGAUAUUCGCACGCCCGAUGUUCAGCUAUCCGAAGUGAACACGCCAGCACCAUUAGACGAACUCACAGCAGAAGAGCCAGUACCCGUGGAAGUCGAGAUUCCUACGCCUUGGGAAUCGUGGGGCACUUCUGUGGUCAAGUCUAAGAAGAAGAAAAAGCAGGGGUCCUCAUGGGAGUGA